AUGCCAUUCUUCAAGCUUGGAUCUUGCAUUCCAUCCUCGUGCCGAAAAGAAGAUCUACAGGUGAUUUUGGACAUUGUGCUUUCAAAGUACGGACUGAGAAUCAACGUACCCUGGUGCAAAGUUCAAGAACCAGUGCCCCUCGAUCGGCGACAGAUCGCGAUCAUAUGCAUUUUUGGAGUCUGGCUGUGUUUCAUUGCCAUCGGAACCACCUAUGACUUAUGCCGAUCCGUGGGGUCGAAAAAUGAGAGCGAAUACCCGGAGAAGUCACAAACACCCGGCGUCCUAUCCACCCUUGUCCUGGGAUUCUCACUAAGGCGUGCGAUAUUGAAGUUGACCCAGAUGCCCAACUGGGGAGACUACAGCAACGAACUUGGCUUCGUACACGGAAUGCGUGUUCUUUCGGCUACCUGGGUAGUACUGGGGCACAGCCUCGUUGUAAGAGAUAUUCAUCACAACUCUGAUUUCAUCGGUCUUCUCAGAAAAAUGCAAAAGGACAUAUUUUUCUCCGUUCAAAUGCAGUCGUUCAUGGCUGUAGGGAGCUUCUUCGUCAUAACUGGAUUCCUCUCCGGAUACCUCGUGGUCAAAGCACCCAAAGUAAAAUUUAACGUCUAUCUUCUAGUGCUGAUUGCCUUCAUCAGGCGCUAUAUUAGACUAGUCCCAUCCAUGCUGGCCGUUCUUGGAGCCUUGUACAUAAUUCCCCUUCUGGUCUCUGGUCCACUCUUGGAGGACAUGUGGUCCUUUUUCGAGCGGCCCUGUACCAAACACUGGUGGAAAAUCCUCACGAUGACGCACAACUUCCCGGACGACAUCACAGACUUCUGUAUGCCGCACUACUGGUACAUAUCGGUGGAUUUUCAACUGGCCAUGGUUAGUACAAUCAUUCUUGCUGCUGUUACACCAAGAUGGCCGAAAAUGGGUCUGGUAAUUAUGGCAGCCAUCGUAAUCACUACUUCCAUCGCAACGGGUGUUGUUACUUACGUUAACAAAUACCUGCCUUACCUUUUCAUAUUGACAACGAGCAUCAGGCGAAUCACCAACACAGCGAUACACGUCUACAUCAGCCCCUACGUCAACGCUCCGUCACUUUUCACGGCCAUAAUCUUCGGCUGUCUCGCCGCGAAGCCGCACAAGCUGUCCCGAAAAGUGCAAGCCUUCAUGUGGGCGCUGUCCGUGGCACUGGGCAUCGCGUCAGUCUUCACCAUUUUCACCUGGCAUAGCGGUCGCCAUCCCGAGCUACUCGAGACAGCUUUCUACGCGGGCUCGCACAGGUUCGCCUGGGCUUUCGGUGUUUCCUGGGUCAUGUACGCCUGCGCGACAGGCCGCGGAGGGCCCGUCAACAAGAUUCUCGCCAAUCCACUGUUCUACCCGCUGGGGAGGCUCUCGUACGCCCUUUACCUCGUGCAUCUCCUGGUGCUUGCCUGCAACGCCAUUCUCAACAGGGAUCGCAGGACGUACCAACCUUUUCUUCAGGGCCAGGAAUACAUCGGAGCAACCAUCACGUCCUACGCUUUUGCCACAUUCGUGUACCUACUCGUCGAAUGUCCAAUUGCGGUGAUAGACAACUUGAUGUUCAGCGGGAUGAAGGCCAAGUACGACGCCGAAAUUGCGUCUUCUCAACAAAGCCAAGAAAUGAAGACUAUCAAUAUCACGAACGGCGCACCUCCCAGAAACCUCAUUUCAAGUGGUGGUCAGCACCAAAAUGAAUACCACAAAGAAAAUAAUCCGGAAAAAGCAGCGAAGGACUAUGUGGAUUUCCGUUAUGAGGACCAAAAGAACUACCUCAAUAUGCAUCAGAACGGCGGAUUUGAAAAUGAUAGUGACGAAAAUGUUGUCAACCGUAAUGAUGCAAUCGUCAAAGUGAAAUUUUAG